AUGAAAGGAAGUCGGGAAGAAGGAAGUCUCCUCCCACACCCUCCAACCAAAGUGUUCCUGGUGGAAGGCCUGGACCUUUCAGGGAGAGGCCUGAUCCAUGGGGUCGAAGCCCCAGUGGCCUUUCCAACCAAUACCCCAGACACCCUCCCCACAGCACCCAAAACACCCUCCCCACAGCACCCAAGACUCCCUCCCCAUAGCACCCCAGACACCCUCCCCACAGCACCCAAGACUCCCUCCCCACAGCACCCCAAAACACCCUCCCCACAGCACCCCAGACACCCUCCCAUCCCCACAGCACCCCAGACACCCUCCCAUCCCCACAGCACCCAAAACACCCUCCCCACAGCACCCCAGACACCCUCCCAUCCCCACAGCACCCAAAACACCCUCCCACAGCACCCCAAAACACCCUCCCCACAGCACCCCAGACUCCCUCCCCACAGCACCCCAGGUACCCUCCCCACAGCACCCCAGAUUCCCUCUCCACAGCACCCCAGACUCCCUCCCCACAGCACCCCAGACUCCCUCCCCCAGCAGCCCCUGACCAGAACUCAGCAAGCUCCACAGCACCUUCCCACACCUGGUUUUCACACAUAUGCAGCUCCUUCUUCCCAAGCCACUGCCACUCAAAUGCAGCUCAGGGCUGUUGCUUCUACCAGGAAACCUUCCUGGUUCCCAGAGCCAACAGCAAACUCCCUCCUCAGCCCUAUGCUGCCAUGA